CUUUUAUUGCAUUGUUCCCAUGGUAUUAGUCGGUGAGGCUACGAUUGUGCCCUGAGCGAAUUGGUACGCAGUUCCGUACACAGUGGAAGUUCGUAUCAUUUGUAGCUAUGUAGCAUGGCUAGUGAAUCGGAAUUUCGUAAAUUUUGAUAAUGUAUUUUCGUUCGUAAAUAUUUAUCAGCAGCUUGCGUUCUAUCUACAGAUGCCAGGUCAGAAAUAGUCCUAAAACAACAGUACCCGUAAACAGAAAGCCUAGUGACUUUAGGAUGUUAAGGAUGGGAAUGACUGUUAAUUAUUGUAUUGAAGCCAUGCGGGACUACUGAACAGUGAAGAAACAAUGGCUGCAGCAGUAGUUAAAAGGUCAAUAAAUACUUCUCAGCGUAGCUACCACAAGUCGCAAGCGCCACCACCGAGCAGAAGCUUCCAAAAUGUUGAACAUAGUAGGGAACUACUGAAGCAGCUGAAUUCACUUCGCAUUGAGCGUCUCCUUUGUGAUGGUACGUUGAUCGCUGGCGAGCAACAUUUCAUGGUACAUCGCGCUGUAUUGGCCUCAUGCAGUGAUUACUUCCGACGAGUGUUCACGGAAAACGAUAACAUCCAUGAUGUGCAACUCAGUAACAAUAUAAAUCCUCGCGGUGUUGAGUUAAUAAUACAGUAUGCCUACACAUCACAGAUUAUGUUGACUUUAGAAAAUGUAGAGGGUGUCCUUUACACAGCACUACAAUUGAGAAUGAAUAAGGUUGUUGAACUCUGCUUAGAAUACUUAACCUCAAUUUUGACUGUUGAAAAUUGUAUUCAUAUUUUGAACCUGGCGGAACAAUUUGAAUUUCGAGGAUUGAUGUUGGUAGCGCAAGAUUUUAUCAUCGAUAAUUUCAUUGCGGUGAGUCACACACCUGAGUUUCAGACGUUAAAUGCAGAACAAGUAACAUUCUUCUUAAGCCAAGAUCGAAUGGCGACAAACUCAGAGUUGCAACUUUUUCAAAUCGGGGCUAAGUGGUUAAAUCAUGCAACAGAGGAAAGGAUUGAAUACGCACCCCAAUUAAUGAGGAACGUACGGUUCCCAUUGAUUUCCUCAAAUGAUUUGGUAGAUCAUGUUCAGAAUCAAGAUUUUAUGAUGCGGCAACAAGAAUGCCAUCAGUAUCUUUUAGAAGCGUUAAAUUAUCAUCUGGUUCCACACCGGCAGCAUGCGAUGCAAUCACCACGCACAAAGCUACGAUCAACAAAUGAAGUUAUACUUGCUCUCGGAGGAGAGAGCCCACCAAAACGUGUCAGUGACCGUGUUUUGAUAUUUGAUGAGUUCCAUGCUCAGUGGAAGUCUCUGACAUCAAUGCCAAUGAAAAGAGUGGAUCACUGUGUUGCAGAAUUGAAUCAGUAUCUAUACGUUGUUGGCGGGCAGAUAACUUUGAAUUCAAAUGGUAAAGAUAGUAUCGGUACUGUGCAUCGAUAUGAUCCACGUUUCAAUUCCUGGCUUCAGAUGUGUCCCAUGCAGCAAAGGCGAGCGUUUUUUACAUUAGUUGCGUAUCAUGGUUGUCUGUAUGCUAUUGGAGGGAAAAAUGAACAAGGCGCACUCUCCUCAGUUGAGUGCUAUGAGCCAAAUCGUAAUCAAUGGAAAUUUGUUGCACGUUUGCACACAGGAACCUACGCUCUCUCAGGCUGUGUGCUCCAGAAUAAACUCUAUAUUACCGGUGGAUUUAUGAACAGAAAUUUUAGCGUGGAUGUUCACACAUACAAUCACGUAUCAGACGAAUGGACCAGCAAGUGCCCAAUGAAUGUUGCUCGCGGAUUCCACAUGAUGUGUUCAGUAAAAAAUAAACUCUAUGUCAUGGGUGGUAACCAUCUAAAUAUGUAUGGUGACCGCGUAGAUGUCAUGAGUGUUGAAUGUUACUCACUGGAUUCAGACACAUGGACUAUGCUGUCACCAAUGUUAACUGGUUUAAGUAUGGCCGGAGUGACCGUCACGGAGAAUCGCAAAAUAUACAUUGUUGGUGGUUAUAACGGACUAAGCCGACAGCGGGAACGAGAUGUUCAUAGUUACAGUAUUGAUGAAGAUGAAUGGGACGUGGUUGGUGAGUUGCCGGAUGCGGCACUCCGUAUGGCCUGUUGCACUUUGACGCUUCCGUAUAAUGUUUUCACAGCAGCUGAUGGCCAUUCCUCUGAUUCGUUGUCGAUGUCGCAGCCAACAACUUCGUCAAGUCGUCAAUACUCAAUUUCAUCCAACUCACCAAGGUAGUUUCUUGUUUAGAGGACCACUGUAAAUACUCUGUAUGUACAAUAUUAUAGUUUUUACUAUGCCACUAAACAAAUAAUGUACAGUGAUGUAACAGUUGUAAGCUCACAAAGCCAGGGGAACAAAGCUUAAGGCUAAGUUGAGACUUGAGAGAUACGCCAGACGUAUCGAACGCUGGGCGUUUGUUAAUCCAUGGCUAGCAAGAUUCAUUCAUUAACAUUUAUUACAUAAUGGUCAAAGAAGAAAAUUACAAGAUGUCCAGACUAGACAUAAUUCGUGCGAGGUAUUCGUAAUCACGCAUUUUAUAUCCUGUUUUACAUCUAGGCUUAUUGAGAUUGGUCAAAUCUUGGCCGAGUUCAGAGUCAUUGAUGCUUGACUCUCGUAACUCAGUAGUGUACGCCAAUCUUAUGUCUGUUGGUGGAUUACCGUACGCCAGUGAUUGCAUGUUAAUACUGGCAUUCGUUAUGCUGCGCACAAUUUCACACCACUCGGUUAACGUUACGCUGGUGUAACUGAUGUCUGAAAAUAGUCUCUGUUGCCCUGGGAUAUUAUUCAGCAAUUUUUUUCAGAGCUAUGGGCCCUUAUUGGCCAAGCGAGACCACUAAAAGAGCAGAAAGUGUAAAAAACAUCAAAAUAUGUUUUAAUAUGUCAAAAACACCUGAUGAAAAGGGGGACUUGCCCAGUACCCUAUUGAGGGCCCUUUGCAACCUUUUAUUCAUUGAUUAUGGUUUUAUUUAAACAGAAACAUCACAGAAAUACUGUAUAAAUUACACAUAAAUUUGUAUUAUAUAUUUCUUUUUAGUAAAUUAUAGAAUCCAUUUUUUGGAAUGCAUUUUCUUCAUUAUCAAGCUAAUAUACUAUAACUGUCUGUUCUUGAAAAAUAUACUGCAGAUAAAAUGUUUAUAAUAAUAUUAUAUGCAUCAAAUGCCUCCUUGAACAAACUUUUUUAUCAGUAAAGUUCAUUUAGUAUUGUAUUAUAGUUAUUUUUUAGCAAAGUACUACAGUACAUGGUUUACAGUACAUGCAGAGGUUUAUUAUUUAGGCUCUUGAGAUCAGGGUUUUACCAAUUUUCUUUCUCAAAUUUAUCCUUUAGCGUAAAUGAAAAAAUAAUGGAAUCACCAAGGUACAGUAUGUCAUAUACAAUUUCAAUGGCAGAAGGACUGAGAAAAAGAAUAUUAAAAUAUUGACUACAAAA